UAUGUGCUAGGCACUGUGCUAAGUACUGGGAAUAUAAUAUAGAGAGGCAAAAGACAGAUCCAACCCUCAAGGAGCCUUUUGUAAGUUGAUGGUGAGGCAAUUAGAAAACAUAUAGACAAACAUUACUGUUGAGGAUAAAUAGGAAAUAAUUAAGAGGGAAGGCACUAGAAUUAUCAGCAAAUUUUUAUUUUGAGUACUUCAGGUACAUGUAUAACUCAAACCCAAAAUAUAACACUAUCUACACUCCUUAAGUUUUCAAGAUGUACAGGAGAAAGGGAAGGGUAAUUGGAGGGAGUAAAGAUUGUUUUAAGAGCUUGUAUUUUUUUUUGCUAAAUGCAAAAAGCCAAGCAAACUGGAUUUUUCAGACCGAAAAAGUACCUUGUUUCUUUUGGAAUUACUAGAACUUAAUUAAGUGUAGAGUGUUAGAAACAUGCUAAGCACGACCAGUUUAUUUACAAGUCAGCAAAUUGAGGCACAAAGGAAAAUCAGCUUGGCGGAUUUGAAUCCCUGGAGUCGCUUUUUAUUACUGCAUAUAUAAUGUGGUGCAAGAAGCUUGUUUUCAGAAUAAUGGGGCGGGGGAGCCUUUGGAGUCCAAUGCCCUUGGCUUCCACUUUUAGAUGACGCACCACCGCAAUAGGGGUCGAGCUCUAGAGUUGGUUACCGUCGGCCACCGUAGUGCUGUCAAAGUGCCCCAAGCUGACUUGCCCAAACUAGCUUUGCUCCAGGACCUUAGAGGGAGUCAGAGGAUUUCUCAAGACUGAGGCCACCGGCUAUCAUUGACUUUCUGGUUUAAAAAGGAAUGCUUUUCCCCUUUGCCCUACCAGGAUUGGCUGUCGACGUCCAUUCGUCGUGUUUGCGGGUAGCGCUGUCUCUUGGCAGCGAUUGGCUACUUAAAGCCUACCUACAAUUUCUACACUGCCAUUGGUUAAGCAAUUUGGCGUUCCCAGCUGAUGAUUGGCUGUUGGCGAUUUCCUGUGGAUUGGUGGCGAGAAGCACUUGGGGGCGGGAGGCGGGAAGCAUUUAGGAAGAUUCGCUUUCUUAGAUUCGGGGCGAGCUCCUGGGCCGCAGAGGUGGACUGCGGGCGGAGCGAAGGAAAUAAGCAAAAAAUCACAAUGUCUUCAACACUAUCUGAAUACAUUAUUGGUGGGGUGAAGAUUCACUUCCCUUGUAAAGCUUACCCAUCACAGCUUGCUUUGAUGAAUUCUAUUGUGAGAGGAUUAAACAGUAAGCAGCACUGUUUGUUGGAGAGCCCAACAGGAAGUGGGAAAAGCUUAGCCUUACUUUGUUCUGCCCUGGCAUGGCAGCAGUCUCUCAGUGAAAAGCCAGGAGAGAACUUAAAUAAAAAGACUGAAGUACCCUUGCCAUGUUAUUGUACAUGCCAUUUGCAUAGUCCCACUAAUGAUAUCAAUGAUAAUGUGAACCAAGGAGCUUCAUGUUCUUUCACCACUCCAUUGGUGACAUCUUCCAUGAAAAAUGAAACCUCAACUUGCCAAGAAGACUCCACUCCAAAAAUCACUCUAGCUGCAAAAUUAUCUGCCAAGAAACAGGCUUCUUUGCUUAGUGAUGAAAAAGAUGAUUUUCAAAUAGACAAGAAAAGGAUUCGUCCCUUAGAAACCAAGCAGCAGGUUAGAAAGCGCCCUUGCUUUGCAAAGGAAGUAUAUGAUUUAGAUGAGAAAGUUACACCGGAAAGAAUUAUGAAACCAAACUCUCCACUAGGAAAAAAGAUCUCCUUUUCUCCACAAAAGCCUCCUGGUCCUUGUACUUGGUGUUCCUGUUCCAUUAAAAGUGAGAAAAGUCAAGUUGAUGAUAAUAUAACAAAGAAAGAACAUGGAGGAAAAUUCAAGAUACCGAAAAUAUUUUUUGGGACUCGUACACAUAAACAGAUAGCUCAGAUUACUAGAGAGCUACGGAGGACAUCAUACUCAGGGGUCCGAAUGACUAUUCUUUCUAGCAGGGAUCAUACUUGUGUCCAUCCUGAAGUAACUGGUAAUUUCAACAGGAAUGAAAAAUGUAUGGAGUUGAUGGAUGGAAAAAAUGGUAAAUCCUGUUAUUUCAACCAUGGUGUCCAUAAAAUGAGUGAGCAGCAAGCUCUACAAACUUUCCCAGGAAUGUGCAGGGCCUGGGAUAUAGAAGAUCUUGUGAGCCUGGGGAAGAAGCUAAAGGCUUGUCCAUAUUAUGCAGCUCGAGAACUAAUGCUAGAUGCUGACAUUGUGUUCUGUCCCUACAACUAUCUCUUAGAUUCACAAAUCAGAGAAAGUAUGGAUAUCAAUCUGAAAGAGCAGAUCAUCAUUUUAGAUGAAGCCCAUAAUAUUGAGGAAUGUGCACGUGAGUCAGCCAGUUACAGUGUUACAGAAAUUCAACUAAGGUUUGCUCGAGAUGAACUAGAUAGCAUGGUCAGCAACAAUAUAAGGAAAAAAGACCAUGAACCCCUGCGAGCUGUGUGCUAUAGCCUCCUAAAUUGGUUACAGGAAAACUCUAAACAUCUUGAGGAAAGAGAUUAUGAAUCAUCUUGUAAAGUGUGGAGUGGAAAUGAAAUGAUCUCUCAUUUGUACAAAAUGGGCAUAACUGCUGCUACCUUUCCCAUAUUACAGGGACAUUUUACUGCUGUCCUUCAAAAAGAAGAAAAAUUCAUGCUACUUAAUGGUAAAGAGCAGGUCAAGGAAAUACCUAUUGUUAGUCCCUCAACCCAGAUUAUGCUUAAAGGACUAUUUAUGGUAUUGGACUAUCUGUUUAGGCAGAAUAGCAGGUUUGCAGACGAUUACAAAGUUGCUAUACAGCGGACUUACUCUUGGACUCAGAUUGAUAUUCCAGACAAAAAUGGUUUCUUUGCUAUACCUAAAAAUAAGAAACGUUCUAGACAGAAAAUGGCAGUACAUGUGCUAAACUUUUGGUGCUUAAAUCCAGCUGUGGCUUUUUUAGAUAUCAGUAGUAAAGUACGAACAAUUGUUCUGACAUCUGGAACUCUGUCACCAAUGAAUUCUUUUUCAUCUGAACUUGGUGUGACAUUUGCUAUCCAAUUAGAGGCUAAUCAUGUCAUCCAGAACUCACAGGUUUGGGUUGGCACCAUUGGGUCAGGCCCCAAGGGUCGGAAUCUCUGUGCCACCUUCCAGCACACAGAAACCUUUGCAUUCCAGGAUGAAGUUGGAGCUCUUCUCUUAUCUGUGUGCCAAACAGUGGGCCAAGGGAUUUUAUGUUUCUUGCCAUCCUACAAGUUAUUGGAGAAAUUAAAAGAACGUUGGAUACACACUGGUUUAUGGAAUAACCUUGAGCUAGUGAAGACAGUCAUUACGGAACCACCAAGGGCAGAGAAAGCUGCGUUUGAUGAAGUGUUACAAGUGUACUAUGAUGCGAUCAAGUGUAAAGGAGACCGAGAUGGUGCCCUCCUUAUGGCAGUUUGCCGAGGUAAAGUGAGUGAAGGCUUGGAUUUCUCAGAUGAAAAUGCCCGUGCUGUCAUAACAAUAGGGAUCCCAUUUCCAAAUAUGAAAGAUCUUCAGGUUGAAUUAAAGAGAAAAUAUAAUGACCAGCAUUCAAAACUAAGAGGUCUUUUACCUGGGCGCCAGUGGUAUGAAAUUCAAGCCUAUAGGGCCCUGAACCAGGCACUUGGCAGGUGUAUUCGGCACAAAAAUGAUUGGGGAGCUCUCAUUUUAGUUGAUGAUCGCUUCAGGAGCAACCCAGAUCGAUAUAUAUCUGGACUUUCCAAAUGGGUUCGUCAACAGAUUAAGCACCAUACAACCUUUGAGAGUGCACUGAAGUCCUUGGCUGUAUUUUCUAAAAAGCAUCAAAAAAUCAUUGAUGUGUCAUCCCCAAAUAGUAAUGCAUCUGUACAAGAAGUAGCCUGCUUAAAGGAUGAAUCCUUGACAUCUUUAGUAGAAUCAACUACUCACCUAUCGUCAAAUGUUCUUGAAGAAGAUGGAAGGAAACUUUUUGUCCAGGAACUUCAGACUCCUACAGAGAUGGCAGUGAAGCUAAAACUACAUAGUUACCCAAGUAACCUCUCUGCAAGCAAGAAUAAAAAUGCUUCAUUACUGUUGGAAGAUUCCCCCUGGAAAAUGAAGAGGGAAAAAAAUUUAAUCUCAAGAUCCACAAGUCCAACUUUCAGUAAACAAAAAGAAAAGAAUAACUGCCCUGUAUCUAACUGUGUAAAGAAAUGUUUUACCUCUAAGUCACUGUCUUCUACUACUGUGCACAGUUUUUCAGAGAACUAUGACUUCAGUACUUUCCCUUCCAAAAAGGAAAAGAGGGAAAGUACAGUUGGUCUGUCUUUCAAUAAUGGAGGUCAGUCCUCAUCUCUGUCAGGAAACACACCACUUGGCCCCGAACCACAAUCAGAAACCAUUACUUCAUCCAUAAAAAGGACCAAUACUGUUAGUAAAAGAGAUCCUGCUGAACAGCUUCUCCUCCCUGAAGAAAUUCCAGAUCAAGGCAUUGAUUUUACUUCUGUAAGUGGAGACCCUGCAUUUUCCACUGUAAAUGUAGAUAUUGAAACAACAGAAGAAGAUGAAUCUGUUUAUUUCACACCAGAACUUUAUGAUGAUACAGAAACAGACACAGAGGAAAAUGAAGAGCUACUUGGAACUAGUGGAAUAAAUCAAAGAACAGAGAAUUCAAAUUAUAGUAUAGCAGAAAACCUUUUGGAAACUGGUAGUACCAAAGGAAUGGAUUCAAAUUAUGUAGAUAUGAGGUUGACUCGAAUCAUACAAAAUGAAGAAUGGAAAGUUGAUGGUAAUCAUGUAAAGGCAGAUAACGCACAUGACCAGGAGCUGGAAAGAACUCAAGAAAUGGAUACCUUAGGCCCGAAAGUAUUUAGAGCAAACAGACAAAGAACCCGGAAAGCUAUCCACUGGAGAAAGGGCUUCACUCAUGGAAGGAAGGACACAAGUAACCAGCCUUGCAAGUCAGGACUUUGCUGUAUUGCUUGUGGAGCAGAAUUAUUACCCAAAGUGAAAGGAAUUAUAAAAAAAGCUUUUUCCAGAAAUGCUGAACUGACAAAAAUCCAGAGACUCUUCCUAAAUGUUGAAGUCAGUGUCAUAGACUCCAUCUGUCAGUGUUCAAAUGAAUUAAAGGGCAGGUCAGAAGAAGAAAAUAUGCUCUAUGUCAUCAGUGAUAGCAUUGCUCUAAGUCAUUUGAAAACCACCCUAACAGUUUUUCAGACUACAGUGAAGAAUGAAGGUAACAUUAUUGAAUGGCCACAUGGCUCCCCUGAUGUGGUUCUUGACCCUUCCUAUUUAAGUAAGACAUCUUUUUCAAAACUUUAGUUGUUUGUUUUUUUCCUUAAU